UUUUACCAGAUCAGAUUUGACUUCAGUGAGAACCUACGUGCUAACAAACACAUUCCACCAAAGCAACCUGCUCUCAAUUCACAUUUGGUUCAGAUUCACUUAGACUUCUUGAACCAUCUACUGUCAUUCUAUUGUCCGAAAGAGGGUGCACUUGGUUGCCAUUUUGCUUUCAAUAUGACAGCUGUCAAUGUCGCUCUAAUUCGAGAUACCAAGUGGCUGACUUUAGAAGUUUGUAGAGAAUUUCAGAGAGGAACUUGCUCUCGAGCUGAUGCAGAGUGCAGGUUUGCCCAUCCGCCAAGAGUUUGCCAUGUGGAAAAUGGCCGUGUGGUGGCCUGUUUUGAUUCUCUAAAGGGUCGGUGCACUCGAGAGAACUGCAAGUACCUACACCCUCCACCUCACUUAAAGUCGCAGCUGGAAAUUAAUGGGAAGAACAAUCUGAUUCAACAGAAGACUGCCGCAGCCAUGUUCGCCCAGCAGAUGCAGCUUAUGCUCCAAAAUGCUCAGAUGUCAUCCCUUGCAUCUUUUCCUAUGAAUCCAUCACUUGCAGCUAAUCCUGCCAUGGCUUUCAAUCCCUACAUGCCUCAUCCUGGCGUGGGCCUGGUUCCUGCUGAACUUUUACCGAAUGCUCCAGUUCUGUUUUCUGGAAACCCACCUCUUGCACUGCCAGGAGUUCCGGCCCCAAAACCACCUCGUACUGAUAGACUGGAGGUUUGCCGUGAAUUUCAGCGUGGAAAUUGUACCCGUGGGGAGAGUGAUUGCCGCUAUGCUCACCCUACGGAUGUUUCUAUGAUUGAAGUGUCUGAUAACACUGUGACAAUCUGCAUGGAUUACAUUAAAGGCCGAUGCUCCCGGGAGAAAUGCAAGUACUUUCAUCCUCCUCCGCACUUGCAAGCCAAACUCAAGGCAGCUCAUCACCAGAUGAACCAUUCUGCUGCUGCUGCUGCUGCAAUGGCUCUGCCACCUGGUGCACUUCAACUGAUACCAAAGAGGUCAGCCCUUGAUAAGAACAAUGGUGCCACCCCAGUCUUUAAUCCCAAUGUUUUCCACUGCCAACAGGCUCUGGCUAACAUGCAGAUUCCGCAGCCGGCAUUUAUCCCUACAGGGCCAAUACUGUGCAUGGCACCCGCUUCAACUUUUGUGCCCAUGAUGCACGGUGCUACACCUUCCACUGUGUCUGCAGCAACAACACCUGCCACCAGCGUUCCCUUCGUUCCAACAACUUCAGGCAAUCAGAUGCCCCAAUUAUCAGUAGAUGAGCUGAAUAGGAGCAUGUUUGUUUCACAGAUGUAGACGUUACCAGUAGAACAUUGAAAUUCUGAACAGCAGAGUUACAGAGUAUCAGAAUCUUUCAAGAAGAAACUCCAUAUGGCCUUUCUAUAUAAAUUCUCAUACGUCCUCUUCUACCAGCACAACAAUAAGUAUGGUGCAGUCAAUAUAUUAAAGCACAUACACCAGUCGAAAAAUUAAAAUUUAAAAUAAAGCAUUCCAAAAUCUGUGAAGAUGUUAAAGCAAAUAGAAAAUUGACCACUGUGUGUUACCUAAUUUGGAUUAUUAAUUGUACAUGAAUUAGCAUAUAAAAUAUAACCAUACAGCUUUGUCAUUGAUAUGAAUUAUCAGGCCCACAUUAAAAUGAAUUAUCAUUCAGACAUGAGUUAUAGUGAAUAUAACAGUAAAAAUUUUUUUGAUUUUUUUUUUCCAAAAAUGAUUUAUGUUAAAUAAACUUCCACAGUGUACUGUAGGCUUACUGUACAUUCUUGGUGGAUCAAUUCUGUUUUGGAAGUGUUACCUUACUGUUUGUUUACAGGAUAGUGUAUUGGAUUGAUAUAGAAUGUAACUAAUAUGUUCAGUACCAUUUUCCCCCAUUGAUAUAUUGUAUUAAAUUGGGUUUUGUUUAGCUUUCUCA